AUAUUACUGAACUAUAUGGGUAAGCACUUGGGUUGCCAUGUAUGCAAGCCGGGGCUUAGAGUAACAGUUUGGUUAUCAAUCAACUUCAUAAAUACUGUUAUAUUGAUAAAUUAUCUAAUACACAGAUCUAUAUUUAACAAACAAUAGAAAACAUCCUAAAGGAAACUGCCACAAAACAUUUUUGAUCUCAGCUCUUCGCUUUCUUUGGACAUAAUCUGGCAACUUAGAUCCAUAUUGUGCAGGGGCGGUGCUUUCGUCUCACAGUAGUUUCUGGAACCUCAUGGUUAUACCAUGGAGAAAGUGUCACAGUUGAAGGAUCAGGGCAACAAGGCACUGAGUGCUGGGAAGAUCGACGAGGCCAUACGCUGCUACACAGAAGCGUUGGCCCUCGAUCCCUCAAACCAUGUCCUCUUCAGCAACCGCUCGGCUGCCCAUGCCAAGAAGGGCAACUACAAGAGUGCUCUGGAGGACGCCUGUCAGACCAUCAAGAUUAAACCUGACUGGGGAAAGGGCUACUCAAGGAAAGCGGCAGCCCAGGAGUUCCUUGGACAGUUUGAGGAUGCAAAAUUGACGUACCAAGAGGGAUUCAGACAGGAGCCCACUAAUCAGCAGCUCAAGGAGGGGCUGCAGAACAUAGAAGCCCGGUUAGCAGAAAAAAAGAUGAUGAACCCCUUCUCCAUGCCCAACAUGUUUGAAAAGCUGGAAAGCGACUCUCGAACCCAUGCCCUGAUGAAAGAUCCAGAGUACAGAGCGCUUUUGGAGCAGCUCAGGGAUAAACCGUCUAUGCUUGGCUCGAAGCUCCAGGACCCUAGAGUAAUGACCACCCUGUCGGUCCUGCUGGGGUUAGACUUGGCUGGCAUGGAUGACGAGGAAGAGCCUACUCCUCCCCCACCUCCCAAACCCAAAGAGACUCAGCCACCCCCUCCCAAAGAGGAAGACUUACCUGCGAACAAGAGACAAGCUCUAAAGGAGAAGGAGCUGGGCAACGAGGCGUACAAGAAAAAAGACUUUACCACUGCACUGGAACAUUAUGAAGAAGCCCUCAAGCAUGACCCAACCAACAUGACAUAUCUUUCUAACCAAGCAGCUGUGUUCUUUGAGAAGGCUGAGUAUGAGAUGUGCAGGGAGCUGUGUGACAAGGCCAUCGAGGUGGGCAGAGAGAACCGGGAGGACUACAGACACAUUGCCAAGGCCUUGGCUAGGGUUGGCAACUCGUACUUCAAGCAGGAGAAAUAUAAGGAAGCAGUCCAGUUUUACAACAAGAGUCUGACAGAGCAUCGCACCCCUGAUGUCCUUAAGAAGUGCCAGCAGGCAGAGAAGGUAUUGAAGGAGCAGGAGAAGCUGGCCUACAUCAACCCAGAUCAGGCCUUGGAAGAGAAGAACAAGGGCAACGAGUCCUUCCAGAAAGGAGACUAUCCUUCAGCCAUGAGACAUUACUCUGAGGCCAUCAAGAGGAACCCCAAUGACGCCAAGCUCUUCAGCAACAGAGCUGCCUGCUACACGAAGCUGCUGGAGUUCCAGCUUGCCCUAAAGGAUUGCGAGGACUGUAUCAAACUUGAUCCUACCUUCAUAAAAGGGUACACGCGCAAGGCAGCUGCUUUGGAGGCCAUGAAAGAUUUCUCUAAAGCGAUGGUUGCCUACGAGAAGGCUCUGGAGCUGGACUCUACUUCCAAGGAGGCCACAGAGGGCAUCCAGCGCUGCAUGAUGAGCCAACACGUGAGGAAUGACGACAGUCCAGAGGACGUGAAGAGGAGGGCCAUGGCUGACCCGGAGGUGCAGCAGAUCAUGAGUGACCCAGCCAUGCGCAUGAUCCUAGAGCAGAUGCAGAAGGACCCACAGGCACUCAGCGAUCACCUUAAGAAUCCAGGCAUUGCUCAGAAGAUCCAGAAACUGAUAGAUGUGGGACUGAUAGCCAUCCGGUGAUGAGUGAGGAGAACAGGGCCAGAACCCAUGAAGAACCAACCGCAAGACCACAGAGGAUCAAGAUGCCAUUCCCUUAAGAUAUAACCCCCCCCCCCCCUCUCCCUUAUACCCUCAAAAUGAUACUGUAUGCCAUCUCGUCCAAACUUCAACCAACAGAGGGUUUCAUUUUCUUUAUCCAUUUUUACAGCCUUAAUGAAAUUGUACUUAGUGUCUUCCUCAUCACAGAACUCUCUGAAACAAAUCAUUUGAUUGGGCAAACUUAUCAAACACCUAUUACUGGAGCAGCAGACCAGGCUAGAGCUUUGGUUGGCACAAUGACUGACUGCAUUCAUAUCAGUGCUGCAGCUUAUAACAAAACAAGUAAAGUUCUAUUUGGGUGUUGAACCAUGA